CGUUCCCGGCGGGCUACAGUUCUCCAAGCCACCAGUUGGCUUUUCCAUUGUCGACCACCAAGCCACCACCGCCAUCCCGCUCCAGAUUGUUAAGGUUUCAACCUCAGGCUAUUUAGUCUCGUUAACUGCAUCCCGAACUUUAGAAAUUAAGAGGUGUCCAAGCAACUCUCAUGAUGGCGGAGAAACUCGACAGUAUACUCAACAGCUAUGUCGCCCACGACACCACGACCAAGGACAAGCUCCUCGGGGCGGCCUUUAUCGUCGUGAACAAAGAUGGGCCUAUCUACCAAGGCGCGGCUGGCCGCACCCGCGUGUCUCCUUCCUCCCCGGCUUUCAGCACAAACUCCAUCACCUGGGUCGCCUCCGCAACCAAGCUACUCACCACCACCUGCCUCAUGCACCUCGUCGAGCGAGGGAAAAUCACGCUCGAUGAGGACGUGCGCCCCUUGGUCCCUGAACUGGGCCAGCUGCCCAUCCUCAAGGGCUUUUCCGCCGCCGCCGACGAUGACGACAGCAACAACGACGGAGAACCCAUCCUCGUCCCCAACACAAAACCCAUCACCCUCCGCCACCUGCUCACCCACACGUCCGGCCUGGGCGUCGACGUCGCCGACCCGGACCUCAUCCGCUGGUCCCGGCAUGUCGGCCGUACGGCCAACGUCGGCAGCUGCACCAUCGAGGGCUGGUCAUCGCCGCUCAAGUUCGCCCCGGGCGAAGGGUGGUACUACGGCAUCGGGCCCGAGUGGGCCGGGCAGGUGCUGGAGCGCGUCACGGGCCAGCGGCUGGGCGAGUACAUGGCGGAGCACCUCUGCGGCCCGCUGGGCAUGGAGGACACCGGCUUCCGGCUCAACACGGUGGUACUGAGCUCCGGGGAGAAGGAGGCGCGGUUUGUGCCGAUCUCGGAGAGGAGCGGUGCGACGGGCGAGUUGGCCGAGGGCAAGCGCAAUCUGUUCCCUGCUGAGCCGGUCUGUGAGAGCGGUGGUGCUGGUCUGUACACCAGUGCGGCCGACUAUGCGAAGGUUAUGCAGGCGCUGUUGAAGGCGCUUGCGGGUGAGGAGGAGGAAGAGGAGAAGGGCGGAGUUGUGCGGGGGGAGACGGUGCGGCAGAUGUUAACACCGCAGCUGAAUGAAGCGCAGAGGGAGUGGGCGAAGGGGAUUGUGUUUACCUUUGGGUCGGCGGCGGAACUGCCUGCGGGUACGCCUGUUGACCACGGGAUUGGGGGGCUGUUGGCGAUGGGGGAUGUGCAGGGGAAGAGGAGGAAGGGCAGUCUGAUGUGGUCGGGCAUGUGUAAUUCCCGAUGGUGGAUCGACCCCCAGACGGGCAUUGGGGGUGUGCUCAUCGUCAACGUCAUCCCCUACGGCGAUGCCACCGCGCUGAAACUGUACGACGAGCUGGAGAGGGCGGUGUAUGGAGAGCUUCUCCCGAAAUGAGAGGAGUCAUCCAAGUAAGGUCGGAGCGUUUGACUGACCGUACCAACCGCCGGGAGAAGUAGACCUGACGUCUCCUCACCUUGCUUGUCACCCUGUAGUGAUACUUGCGAAUAGUCGCGCCGCUU